AUGUUUCGUUUGUGUCGUCUCACCUUUAUUCUCGUCAUCCUUUGUGCUUCUGCUCUACUAAUACGCAGUUCUACCAUAAAAUGUUAUAGUUGUUAUAAAGAAGCAUGCCCAAAGCCAUGGAAUCCAAACAAUGUUCUACAAGUAAUAGCGACAAGUGGUUGGUGUCUUACAUUUAGUAAAGAUAAUCAAACUAGCGAGUCUAUAUAUGCUCGAAAUUGGGCACUAUCUGAUCAAUGUAAAGAAGAUAAAUGUGAAUGGCGUACAGACUCUACUGGUGAUUCAAUUUAUUUUUGUUGCUGUAAUACUAAUCUUUGCAACGGAGCAGAUGGAGAAAUAACAACAACACCUAAAAAUGGACAGAUAAAAUUCAUUAACAAUACUUACUUUGUUUUCAUAGUUGUUUUGAUACUCUUCAUCAUGAUGAAAUAG